UACACAAGCAGCAGAGAGCCAAAGAUACAUAUCAACUGAAUUAGCCAUGAAAUCGCUUGUAAACACACCAUUCCUCAUUCUCUUCUUCCUCUUGGUCGUAUCUCAAUCUGCUUUUGCCUCCCGAAAAACAAUUAAUCCUCAGAACCCCUGCAAACGUAUGGUCCUCUAUUACCAUGACCUCCUCUUGAAUGCCAAUGGCACCGAUGUGGAUAAUUCAACCUCUGCAGCCAUCACCAACCCUGCCAAGCUGGGCAACAACUACGUCUUCGGCAAGCUCAUUGUUUUCGACGAUCCGGUGACCAAAGAUCAAAACCUGCAUUCUCCUCCGGUGGCUAAAGCACAGGGACUGUAUUUCUAUGACAUGAGAACCGAUUUUACUGCUUGGUUUGCUUUUUCUCUUAUCUUCAACUCCACUGAGCACAAGGGGAUUUUAAACAUCAUGGGAGCUGACCUGAUGAUGGAGAAAACAAGGGAUUUCACCGUGGUGGGAGGAACAGGGGAUUUUUUCAUGGCUAGAGGAAUUGCAACUGUUACCACCGAGGCCGCUGAGGGAAUCAAGUAUUUUCGCCUUAAGAUGGAUAUUAAACUGUAUGAGUGUUAUUAAUUUUUCAACAUUAGUUAUUCCCAUGCUUUCAUCGUAUUAAUUUCUAUGUUCUGCUCUGAUUUUGUGUCUCACAGCAAGGAUUGUGAGUUAUGUUUGUGGUAAUUUUGAUAAUUAAGAUCUUAUCUUGUGUUUGAAACUUCGAAUGUACUCCCCUAUUAAUAAAUUUCUUUUUGCUGA